AUGGUUAUUUUGGCAAACGCAGCCAUUCUUCUUCCGUUGAUGACGUUGCAUUCCGUUAACUACUACUACCGCGAUUACUUUGACGAGCUGUACGUUCAAAAUUUUCUAUCGUACGAAACGAUGAAAAGCGCCAACAACAUACAGAAGGGCAGCAGUAGCAGUAGCAGCAGCGGCAGCAACUACGUGCCAUUCAAUGACGUCAGCGCUGACAACAACAAUUCACAUUUAAACGACAUUAAUGAAACUGCGGACUCCACCGACAUCAACAGCAAACACAUUUAUGCAGGCGCUCUGACCAGCGAGGAUAUUAUAGAUAACAUUAACAACGUCCAUGUCAAUUCGAACGACAUCAGCAAUUAUAUUCAGGAGGUUUACGAUAACAGAUCUGAAAACCACAACAUCAACGGUGAAGGUUUUUUGUUUAAAAAUGAAAAUGAAAACGACAACAACAACAACAAAAACAACAACAACAGAGAUAACAACAACAACAGCAACAAAUACAAUGACAUAAACGGCAACGAACUUGAUAGUUUCAAAGACAACUCUGUCGACAAUGACCUAAGUAACUUCAAAAGAUUUACAGACAGCGAUAACAACAACAUAAUACUAACAAAUUAUAAAUACAUACACGACAACUACUUUGACAACAAUUACAACAACAGAGACAUCCAAGUCGUCAACAACUUCGACAAUAUAAAUCUCAUUUACAACAAUUUUAUUGCAGCUACUAAAGACGAAAGCUACAGAAAUGAUGAUGGUCUCAAUCUUGAUAGCCACAAUAGCCACAACGAUAGUGGUAGUAGCAGCAGUGAUGACGUCAACAUCAACGUCAACAACUUUAAAAACUUUAGCGCCAGCUUCACUAGCGACAUCCUCAAUAUAGACAAAGACGACAACAUUGAUGAGUACAAUAACAUUGAGACAAGAAAUGAAGAGUCGGUGUCAUGUUAUGUGAAGCUGGUUCAACCAGGCCAUAACUUGGUAGACUCGCUAACGUUUUGGUCUUGUGUCAUGUUGAACGUCCUAGCGUGUCUUCUUUUUCUCUUAUCAAUGUCGGCGCUUUUUGUAGCCAGUCUGCGCUACAAAAUAUUUAGCAGAUCAAACGCAAACAUAUUUCAAUCCCUACGCACUGACAUGAAUAGCAUCGUCUGCAGUGGCUUUCCAUACCUGGCUGUCAUCUUGUUCUCACUCAUUCACUGCUUGUUCUGGACUCCAGUUCUCAUCGUGACAGGUCUGCACUUCGCAGCCUUCAAACUGUCGCACCUCAUGAUUCAAUCCUUCUUCCUGGUGGCUCGCAUGUCCUCACUCCUUCUCCCACUCCUCUUCACACUCUACCUCGACAAGUACAAGACACAGGCUUGCGAUACUGCACUCAUGCUCUCCAGGCUUAUGUUCAGUUGUCCAGAGGAAGACGAUGACGACGAUGACGACGAUGACGAUGACGACGAUGAUGAUGAUGAUGAUGACGAAGAGGCGGAAGAAGAAAAGGAAGUAGUUGGCUGUGAUGUCAUACGUGGAAUAAUGGAUAAUAGUUGUGUUUGCAAAAAACAUCAUGGAGUGCAAGUGCCAAAGAUCUCUAGAGACAAGUGUGGUGGUCAGACAUUCGACUGCCCUCCUAACAUUCACGUGGGCCACAUAAGCAGCGAGAUGAAAUGCUACAAUUGCACCCGUCAAACCAACAACAACAACCACCCCAACAAAGGAAGAAAGAGUUCUUGCGCUGGGAUGAAUUCGGAGCACGCCACUGAGUUUGCCUCGCUGAAGAGUGAUCCAAACGUUAUAGUAACCUACUGUGAAACCUACAUAGCCACACAUCCAAAACAAAUGGUCUGA